UAGCCGCUGACACCCGAAAUUAACCAAUACUUACAAAUACGGCAAAGAAAAAAUUCUUUCUACGAAAAAACAUAAUAAACUCGUAAAUUAAAUAUAAAACAAAUAUAUAUUAUUAUCACACUUGUAGCUGGCAAAAACGCAAUAGUGUUAGAUUGUGCAUAUGCUAAAAGUUAAACUCGUAACGUUUAUAUUGACGUAAGAAGGAAGAAAAAAACAAGGAGGAGCCAAUUGAAGCGACAGUAACAAAGAAGGUCCGGCAGCAUACAUACUCGCCGUAGCCCCAACCCCAACAAUUGCAGCUCUCAUUUUGAGUAGGGCGAGGAACACGCACACUAAUACACACGCACGCAACGCACACCUACAACCGCACACACACACACAUACUCCCGUUCAUAAUACAUAGACUGACUGCAGUUGUAAACAUCGAAAAGCACUACGGCUAACAAAACGAAGGAAGACAAAUGACGGAAUACAAGCUAGUUGUUGUUGGUGCAGGUGGUGUUGGCAAAUCAGCACUAACCAUACAACUUAUCCAAAAUCAUUUUGUGGAUGAGUACGAUCCCACAAUCGAGGACUCAUAUCGAAAGCAAGUUGUUAUAGAUGGUGAAACAUGCUUGCUGGACAUUCUAGAUACCGCCGGUCAAGAGGAGUAUUCAGCCAUGCGUGAUCAGUAUAUGCGCACCGGUGAAGGUUUUCUACUUGUGUUUGCGGUAAACAGUGCUAAAUCCUUUGAAGAUAUUGGCACAUACCGCGAGCAAAUCAAACGUGUCAAGGAUGCCGAAGAGGUGCCAAUGGUGCUAGUGGGAAACAAAUGUGAUCUGCCCUCAUGGAACGUGCAGAACGAGCAAGCAAGAGAGGUGGCCAAACAAUAUGGCAUUCCAUACAUUGAAACAUCCGCCAAGACGCGCAUGGGUGUUGAUGAUGCAUUUUACACAUUGGUACGCGAAAUUCGCAAGGAUAAGGAUAACAAGGGACGAAAAGGACGCAAAACGAAUAAGCCGAACCGUAGAUUUAAAUGUAAGAUGCUCUAAGAGGAUUCGCAUUGGUUUUUUUCAUUAUCGCCUGUCCUGCAUAUAUAUGUGUGUGUAUGUGCAUGUGUGUGUGUAUGUGAGUGCGCGCGAAAUUUAAAGUUCGCAUUAUGCAAACAGGCAUUCAAAUUCAAUAGUUUAUAAUUUUGUGGUAUCUUGCAUUACGGCUUUUAAAUUACGCACAAAAACACAUACACUCACAUAAAAUCAAACACACACACGCACACACAUUUGCGCGCGGUUGGUGCAAUUGUUGGGAGGAAGAACAAAAUUGUAAUUAAUUUAAGCAACUGAAGUUUUUAUCGUAUGUCAAAUAAUUUGUGCAGCAUUGUGUGUCGUUUGAAAUGCUAUGUUAAGCCCCAUUUAAGAUUAUUAAUUAUACAUUUACCGUACAUGUAUAAAUAACUACGAAAUACUAUUACAACUGCCUUGUUUAAGCGCAUUUGGUAUUCAUAACCAUUUGUUUUCAGUGAGCACGAUAAAAAAAAGUUGAAUAUUAUCGUUAAAUAUGAUAUUUGUGUGUUAUUGAUUGCUUUUCCAUUUUGAGAAGCUACACAUUUAAAUCUUAUGUCAGCCCCGUUUUGUUUCCUCACAUACACACGCACAAAAAGAAUUCCAUUAGAAAUUUCCACAAAAAAACAAAAAAAAAAACAAUUGAAAAUUCAACGAAAAGCUCACUGUCUGUUCUUAUAUUUUUGUGUGGUGCUAAAAAAUUAAAAGAAAAUCAACAAGAAAAAAUAGCACAAAAUAUUGUAUGAGUUAUUUUAAACGAAACGACAUUUUAUUAUUUCUACUUAUGUAUAUGUAUAACUGACAGAGAUUAAUCAGUUUAGUAGCCUAUGCGAAAUUCUUACUCCAGAAUUAAAUGCAAAUAAAAUUGUGUCUAUUAAUAUGUAUAAUUAAAAGAAAACUUUAAGCACUUAGCUCACAUACAUAAACAUUUAAAAAAAUUUUAAUUUAUGAUUAACGCGUUUCGCAUAAGUUAGAGAUACACACACAUACUUGUACAUGCAUAUAGCAGAAAUCGCUGCAGUAAAAAAGCAGACAAUUCAUAUACAUACAUACAUAGUUUGCUUUAAGCUUUUUAUACAUACAUAAUAUUUAAUUUUUUGUAUUCAUUUUUGCCAUACAAAAAGAAAAAUAAAUCAAUUGUGUGUACUAUUUAAAGCCCGAAUUACUUGAAGCGGGUGCUACUAG